AUGGCAUCUGACGAUCACCGUGUGGCCGACUUGUUGCCAUCCCUACAACCACCUGUUUCACCUCAGCGACCCAACAUCCCUACACUCCCGCCACGUGUCAUCUUCACUGCCCCAUCACAAGACCCGUCGUCAUCGCACAAGACACAACAGUGGAUCUCGACCACCCACGUGUACCCGGCAGCAUGGCCGCGUUCUCACGUACGCUCGGCCAAGUCCGAUAUCUACGAUGCCAAGAUACCGAGCACCUAUAGUCUUGGUCCGUUGCCCUCUGAUCCACAAGCAGCAAAGGCAGAACAGCGAAGGCGUAGAGAAGCAGACUUUGCACACUGGCUUGAGGUAUGUGGCGGCAAAGAUCCUGAAGACCAACGGAAUAUCAUGCGCUCUUUGCGCAAUUCAUGUUUGAAGUCGGGCCACACUGCAAGGAUCACCGAAGCAAGGAAGGCGAACGAAGUACAGCUCUGGAACGUUGUAAAUCGUAUCGUCCCAGCCUCAUUGGACCAAGAGGUCACAGCAAGCGCAGCAAACCAAGACACACGAGAAGGCAUCACGUUGAUUCUCGCUCAUGCAAACGGAUUUCACAAGGAGAUCUUUGAGCCGGCGGUCGCAGCGCUCAUCAAAAAGCUUCAGACCGAGGCCGUUCGUGGCAAGUACAGGAUAGACGAGAUUUGGCUCUUUGACUGUACCCACUCAGGUCAAGCGGCGAGUAUCAACCGCAAUGUUCUCGGUGACAUUGUCAGUUGGGCAGAUCAUCCACGCGAUAUGAUCAAGUUUCUCGAAAACUACCUUCCCGAAACACCCUCUCAUCCUUCCGCUCCGCCAGCAUGGCUCCCCACUUUUCUCCCCUCGCAUAAAGCUUUGUUACCCAACUCGAAGCGUCGUCUUGUUGGGCUUGGCCAUUCGUUCGGCGGCGCAUCGCUCACCUUUGUCGUCCACGCACGGCCAGGCAUGCUAGAAGGACUCAUCCUCGUCGACCCAGCCAUCCCUCAAUGCGAUAACGAAGAGCGCUUCCAAUUCCACAACCUUCCCAACGAAGUAUGGCCUGCGCUCGACCAAGUUCCACUCUCCCGAGGUGCCAUUGCACGCAAAGACACGUUUGACUCGCUUCCCGACGCACGAGCAUACUUUGAAUCCAAACCCUUCUUCCAAGCAUGGGACAAGCGCGCGCUCGAUCUUCAUCUUCGAUUCGGCCUUCGACCGUCGGUGGUUCCCCUGACGCGUGCCUUAGCUGCAGACGAUUUGCCCGAUAAUGACCUCAAACGCACCCCUCUCGAGCUCAGCAAUACAAAGUGGCAUGAGGCGGCCGCUUUCUGCACGACGUGGAUGGGAUGGUGGGGACGAAAAGGCAUGCUCGCCACAAAUCACGGUGCGUGGAUCGGGAUGGUGAAUAUGCAAAAUGGCUUUGACAACGUGUCUCUGGCGACCGAGAUCGAGCGCCUUGAUCGUGGGAUUAGCUUCACGAUCAAGGGCAACCACCUCGUAGCCCAAGAAAAUCCCGAGGCACUAGCAGAUGCUCUUGUCGACGUUCUAGAGGCGCAGUCGAGCCCGCAAAAGCUGAAAGAGGAAAAGCUCCGUCGACAAGUUGGAAAAACAAAACUAUAG